AUGUUAGCUACACAGUAUCUUAGGAACGUCUUUUUAGGGAUUGUCCUCUUCACACGGCUAUUCAGGAAAGUGUCUUCUUAUCACAGUAUCUCGAGAAAAUCUCUCCUCUACACGGCAUCUUUGCAAAGUGUUUUAUUUACACGGCAUCUUGGGAAAAGUGUGUUCUCUACACGACGUCUGGGGAAAGUCUCAUCUCUACACGAUAUGUCGGGAAAGUGCCUCAUGUUGACCAUUGCUCUUUACCAUUCGUCAACAGAUGUGAGUAUCAGUGAUCGGUCGUAUCGUGAGAACAACCAAAAUGAGUCACCUCUCGCUCACCCUCACCCUCAAAAUAUCGACGGACUCAGAUUGGACAGUUGGGUGCUAUCAUUGAGUGCAAAGUCGCUGGUGAUACAGAAUCUGACAGAUGAAAGAUUAUAUGAUAAUCGAAUAUCGCCACAUUUUGAUCUUGAGAUUCCAACCGAGGUCAGAGUUCAUCUUUAUAUCUAUAGUAUUGAUUCGAUAUCUGAGUCAGCAAUGGAUUACACAAUGACUUUUAUCCUCACCCAGAUAUGGAAUGAUCCCCGUUUAGACUAUUCCAGCUAUCUCGAAGACCAGUUCCUCGAACUGAACACCAAAUUCAUUGAGAAGCUUUGGGUACCUGAUUUAUAUUUUGCAAAUGAAAAACAUGCUUCGUUUCACCUGGUUACGAUGCCGAACAAGAUGAUCCAUCUUUACAAGAAUGUUGUUUACACUCCUGAUAACGUAGUAUUCAUGUGGCAGGACAAUAAUCCGGUAGCGAUAUAUGGUAAACUUGAGAUGGCUCAGUUUGUGAUUGAUGAUAUACAGCCUGAGAACUGUUCCACUAAACAUGAAGAGAAUGAGUUCACCUGUAUUGUGGCCUUCAUUUACCUGCAGAGACGUGUUGAGUUCUUUCUUUUACAAGUAUUCAUUCCGAGUACGAUGAUAGUGUUCAUAUCAUGGGUAUCGUUCUGGCUCCCCAUCAACGCAGUUCCUGCCAGAAUCGCACUGGGCAGCACCACCGUAUUAAUCAUGAUAACGCAAAGACAGUCAACUGCUAUCUCGCUGCCUCCCGUCUCUUAUGUCAAAGCCAUCGAUGUGUGGACUGUCACGUGCUUGGUUUUCGUGUUUGCCGCCCUCUUAGAAUACGCUGUGGUCAGUACGUAUUCCAGACACGAAACCAAGCGCUUUUCCAUCAAAGUUAUUCAGAACAACAGAAGCCUAAAACAAACAUUCAACGUUAACCAAGCUGAAAGCGUCGAGAACGGAGAUAUCAAAGCCGAAUGCGAUGAAAGGACCGAAGCACAGAUGCGUUCCAAAGCGAAACGAAUGGAUGUUAUAUCCCGUAUUAGUUUUCCUCUCUGUUUUCUCCUCUUCAGUUUGGGUUACUGGUCAUGGUACCUGAGUAAAACUUUGUCAUUUGAGAUUCCCAAUAAAAAUUCGUAGCAGACUUCGCUGCGCACACACAAACAAGUUUGACACGUUGGGCUUUCUUAACUCAUUUUCUCUUGCUGUUUUGAUAUUUAAAAAAUAGAUGGACAUUUGAUGUUUUCAUCUGCGACUCUGCUAUUUAUAUGCACCAUGAUACGAAGAACGGUGAUAUAACAGAAGCAUUCGAAAUACCAAGGAAAACAAAACAAAAACAAAAAUAACACUCGAAUCAUCAAAAUUAAUAUUAAAAAUGGAAUUUUAAAACAAUAGGGAAAUGAGCUUUAAUUCCAAUUUUAUAACUACUGAAAGAACUAAAUCGGUGAGCUGGCAGAAUCGAUAGAGUGUCAGGCAAAAAUGCUUUAUGACAUUUUUUUCAGCUUAUUAGGUUCUGUGUUCAAAUUCCGGCAAGGUUGUCUUUGCCUUUAAUUUUUUUUCCCGAGGUCGAUAAAGUAAGUACAUUUGAACACUGUGGUUGAUGCAAUCGAGUUACCCCUUUCCUGAACUUUCUAACCUUGUGCCAAAUUUUGAAACCAUAAUUACUACAGGAACUCAUUUCCAUAAUGUUUUUAAAUAAAUAAUUACUUUGUAAUUAUAAUGAAAAAACAUUUUGUAGAAAACGAUUAAAAAGAGCUCAAUAAAAGGCUAAAAAAUCACUUUUAGAGAAGUAAUAUGAUAACAUAUAUGUAAAUAUAGCAAAUGCGAAUAUCAAGCUACGUGGAUUAUAUGACCUAUAAUUUCUUCGGGCAUGAUUGUGUUUCUUGCUGUUAGAAGUUCAAGAAGUAUACAGACACAUGAUGACUUCAAAGAUGUGUAAGAGUUCUAAUGCUGUUAUACAACAACCUGGCACAGAAACCACUGAUGUACAAAGCUGUCGAAGUAUCAACCAAGAACAUGAUCUCUUUUCUUUGCAAAAGACUUACAAGAAUACUUGAUUCUUUGAAAUCAAUAUUCAAAAUGGAAUUUAAAAUUAACCUCUGGAAAUAAGCUGUUGUAAUAAUUACAAGAAUAAAUAUGUCGCAUUUAUAAUGAAAA